ACAUUUGCUGGAAGUUUAGUUUGGUUGUGCGUCUGCUAGCGAGUGGUCGAAAUUUUCGUUGGUCGAGCCUGUGCUGGCUGGAAGCUGUACGUUAAGCAUCCACGAGUUGAUAACGAGCGUGUUCGAUCCGCAUUGUGACGCAUGAAAUACGUAAGAUACCUUGUGAAAGCAAAAAUCAGCUCGGCGAGCCCCGGAAAAGGUUCAUGAUGAACUUCCCUUCGCUGCAAUGAGCUUACCCGUAGCGAGCUGUAUUCGAGGGAGUUAUUAAACUUUUCAAAACUUUUCAUCUGCAGCGUGUAGUAGCGCACCGUUGGUCCACAGGGAAAUGAUGUGUUGUAGUCCCCGAGGGUUGAGAUUUGAAGAAGCAUUUGCGUAAUAAGUGCCAGUAACUGAGGAGGCUAUCAUUAGUUCCCAGUAACAUGUGUGUCGGAAUGUUGUGUGUUUGUUAUUUAGUCAGUGUUUAAAUUAACUGUGUCAUUUGUGCCGUCCAUUGCGUCUCCAGAAGAAAUCAAUAUGUUGGUAGUAUAACCGUCUUUUUAUCGUAAGAAUCGAUAAGAGAAGCAUUGUGAAUCAUAUCCUACCAUUGUCGCUAAACAAUCCCGUAUGUAAGCAGUGCUGUUAUGCAGGUGUUAUUUGCAAAUCCUCUAUCCAGCAAAUUACGUGUUUCGCCCUAGGUGACUUCGUACACUUAGGCCAGAAAUACUGUGCCAGCAGGUACUUGUGGUUUUCCAAUCUCGCAAAUUUCGGUCCCCGUUCGAAUGAAUCGUGAUCAAUAACGGUAGCUGUGGGAUUAAGUCUGCAGAGAAAUUGCAAAGGUAGAAAGGCACACGCUAGAAGCGUUCUUUCUCAACCUUUUUUUCGUGUAUGUGUGCGUUCUGAAGAGUGUGUGUGUGCGUGUGUGUGUGUAUUUGUCCGUACCUCUGUAUAUAUGUGAGCUCUUUGUAUGCUGACGCGUGUAAUCAUGCCCAGUGAAAAGCCUGUGUGCCUGCGAAAUGAUGCAUGUUUAUAGAAUAUUGAUUUCGCGGCAAAUUGUUUCCAAGUACUGACCUCCACGCCAAACCACACGACGCAACUUGCGAACGUUUGAGCACAGCGUAGUAAUAUCGUUAAAUAAAGUAUCCUUUCGACAGUGACGGUCGAAAGCGUCGAGCCACGGUGAAGGUUCGAACGGGAAGCAAAAUACGGCACUGCAGUGUUUGAUCCCUGCCGGGAUAAUUGCUUGUAAAUUCAAAGCAGCCGACCGAGUCGAGCGGUUCUCUUGUAAAGUGUUUGCCCAGGUUUCUACGGAAGACGUAGAACAAAAUCCGCCAUCACGACGACUACCAACGGGGGAGGAAAGCUUGGCCACAUCACACUGAUAAACGGAAAUAUGCCUGAAGACAGUGCUGUCAUAGUGGAAGAUGUUAAAAUGAAAAACUCACUGUUGCUCUACGCCGAGGAUGAGACGAACGGCGAAGCAUCGACCUGUGGCCGUAUCCUGAUAUUUCUGUCCUGGGUGCUCGUCGUCCUUACGAUGCCGUUCAGCCUGCUCGUCUGCUUCAAGGUCGUGCAGGAAUACGAGCGUGCCGUAAUAUUCCGAUUAGGUCGUCUGAUGCAAGGUGGCGCCAAAGGACCAGGUAUCUUCUUCAUACUGCCAUGCAUCGAUGCCUACGCACGUGUAGAUCUGCGAACGCGAACGUACGACGUACCACCGCAGGAGGUUUUGACGAAGGACAGCGUCACCGUGUCGGUGGAUGCUGUGGUGUACUAUCGUGUAUCAAAUGCCACUGUUUCGAUUGCGAAUGUCGAGAACGCGCAUCACUCGACCCGGCUGCUGGCACAAACCACGCUUCGCAACACGAUGGGCACACGGCAUCUGCACGAAAUCCUCAGCGAACGAAUGACAAUCUCCGGCAGUAUGCAGCUCUCGCUGGACGAAGCGACCGAAGCUUGGGGCAUCAAGGUGGAGCGCGUUGAGAUUAAGGAUGUACGCCUACCGGUUCAGCUGCAACGUGCGAUGGCUGCUGAAGCCGAGGCUGCCCGAGAGGCCCGUGCCAAGGUGAUUGCAGCCGAGGGUGAGCAGAAGGCUUCACGAGCACUGCGGGAAGCGUCGGAGGUGAUCGGAGACUCACCGGCCGCCCUGCAGCUACGCUACCUCCAGACACUGAACACCAUCUCGGCGGAGAAGAACUCAACCAUCGUGUUCCCGCUACCGAUCGAUAUACUGACGUACUUCAUGAAGUCCAAGGAAGCGUUUGUGCCGAACGCGUAAACCGAUGCCCGGUUCCAUCCCUUCUUGCCUUUGAGUAUUCUGUCACACACAGCCACUACUGUCGGCAGCAUUAUAUAGUAUUGACGGGCUUGGCUUUUGUUUUGAGUCUCAUUCAUUGAAUCAAUCACAGCUGCAGCAAACAAUGUAACAAAAAGCCUUAUUUUUUCACAAAAGGACGCUGCUGCCCUCAACGCUUCUAAUACAAUCUCCCAGAAUUAACAAAAAUAUCGUUCUCUCCUUUUCAAUCAACCGUACAUGACUUACGCCCAAAAUAGUAGGAAAUCUAUCAAUGGCAAUGAUAAAUAAAUGCAGAUUCAAGUAUCGGGCCAGCCUUGCCCUUGCUUUCUACUGCAGCGAGACGAAUGAGUAGCCAUCAAACGGUAUGUGAAUAUAAAGAGCAGCAAUAGCUUUGCGGAUUUCGGGCGAACAUGGCGAACGGUUUUGGCAGGACGAUGAAAAACAAAGCCCCAAAACCAUAACCAAAUCGCAAAGCUGGAUGAAAUAACUGUGGAAAGCAGCAAUCGUAAUGAUUGGGAAACAAAAGUCAAACGAAAGCAGACUGCGAAGGGAAGGGAGCGAUCGAAAUGGAACAAUGAUGGUUCUUUUUUUGGUCGUUCCUUGUGUUUCUUUGUUUCCUGUCGGCCGUUUUCGCCACGCUCUGACCCUUAACUCAAUUUCCCUCCAACUUUUGGGGCAAUGGGGGAAGCGGGUUGUUUGAAAUUGUCCACCGGCACUCGCAUACCGUGCGUCCUUGGAGCCUUGUUAAAGUUUUUAAUAUAACUUUUGCAAAUUGUUUCCAUUUCCGUUUUCCGCACGCUGUCCUGGCGUUUGAGUGUGUUUGCCUUUUCCUACGAUCCUUCGACGAAUCGAACUCGGUUUCCCUGCCGGAUUCGGUAUGUUCCAGUGGCGUUGUACGGGCAUCGAUAAGGCUCCACCAUCAGUCGUCACAGAGGACAGUGUGGAUGUGUGAGUGUAGCUGUGUGUGUGUGCUCAUCCUCCCGGUGGUGGAAUAUUCCGAUGCUAUCGUCCCUUCACUGCGAACCAUUCCGGCCGCACGGCCGGGGCGGAACCCUACGGGAAGGGCUUAGCUUAGGCAAGGGUCUGCUGUUUUGUUUUAACCUUUUUUUCCGUCGAGCAUGGAAAAAAGGUUCAAUCGUAAAACGAGGAAUGGGUGCAAGUUAAGUUGUAGGUAAAAUGGAUGAAUUUUUAAGCAUCCAUUUCCGAUGGGGAAAGCGCCACGUGGAACAGCGCCCCGGACAGUCGGUUCUGUAUAACUUUUUCAUCUAUCAUGCGGCGACCCAUCCGCUAUGAAGGGGAUGUUUAUGAAGAAAGACAUAAAAAGCACCAAAAAGGUAAAGGAUUUAGUCAUUGGUUUAUGUUUUUGCUUUUUUUUUGUUCCGGGUCAGCAGGACAGAUACGGUCUUGCACGGUUGAAAAGGCUUAGGGAUGAGUUUGAUUAGAGAGAGAGAAAAGAGAGAGCUAAACAAAAUAGCGGUGCACUUAAGAGCACUGGACAUGCUUGUGCAGAGUUUGAGUUUGUUUUUGUUAGAACUUCAGCAUAAAUAAGUGUGUUUAUGCACAAACAAUCUGCAAACAUUUCCUUUGGACUCUGCAAAUGAGUCAAUGAGUUCACAAAAGUGAGAAACAGCAUAGCCCAAACACACGUACACACACACACACACACACAUAUAGACACACAUACACAAUAUUCUAACAAAGUAGAUAUCAUAUCAUUCAACCAGACGCACCUGAUCAUCUAAUAUUAAGUAUUCGUGAGUGCAAUUGCCAAUGAUUGUUGACUUUUGUUGCGGCAAUCACUAACUUAGCAGCCAGUGUGUCACACGUCAUGUAACAAUAUUUACAUAGCAGCACAUUUGAAUUGCACGAACAAGUUGUUGUCUUUUAAUGUGCAUCGAUUGAAGUACACCCUUGCACAGGAAAACGCGUGAUCGGUUGGGUUUGUUUUUAAAUGCCGCCUCAAUGAUUUGGCCUUGGUCACGCCUCUCUCGCGCGGUCGUAGCAUUCGGUGCAGCUUUCGGUGGAUCUCAAACCAUACGGUUUAGAUAGGUAGAAGGUAAUUCACUUCGGUCGCUGUUUAACAAGCUUUCCCGAUGCCAAUGGCACGCCAAAAGAGAAAUGUUUAGUUCGCUACUUCAAUCACACAGCAGCACGAUCGUUCGAGCAGUCGAUCGACAGAUGCGGUGGCUGCAUCGAAACAAACAAACAAACAAACAACAACACGGUGUCAAACUGUAUAAUGCAAAUAAUGACCAAUAAAUCAAAAAGAAACAAAACUCGUUGAAAGUGAUAUAAGCUUUAAGAGGAAGUUGUACUUGAACGGAAGCAAUGAACAAACCAGCUUAGAUAAUGCAAUCAUUGUUAAUAAUGAAUCAAUAAAGAGUGUACUGCACGUAAGGAUGCAUCCGGAAACAGAGAUUAACAAAAAAAAGAACAAAAAAAAAAGAAAACAAAAGAAUGUUACACCAAACUACCAAUCAACAGAUCUCUGCUAAAAGCAGAAGGUAUACAGAUUCGUUCGUUGAAAUUGAAUUUAUUUGGUGAGAUACAAAGCACAACCCGAUACACGAUACAAUAAAUGCACAUCAAUUUCGUUACUCCAUUACAUCACAGCAGCAAACGUGUGAACCAUCCACGACGUUUGGUAAUUUUUUUCCGCUCUAGCAGUGUGUGCGUGUGUGUUACAAUAAAACGAACGGCAAGUGUGCGAAGCGAAUGUGCAAAUUUUUAUCUAUCAGUGUUGUCAUGUAUUGCCGUAUUCAACGAACCAAAGACACAAAUUCUAUUUGACAUACUAAGACGUUUAAUUCGAGUGUAAAAGAGAGUACUACUUACAAUGAUAGUAUAACGAGCCACUUUACCACGUUAGUUAUUUGAUUAUAUUAAUGUUAACAAGUGCCACACCAGCACACAACUACACAACCACACAUAAACACGAGCAAGAGGGAGUACAACAGUAACAACCAAAACAACCAACCAACCAAUCGAAACAGUAGACCUAGAGCGAUAGAGUUUAUAAGAGAAUGUUUUGACUUAACGGAUCACUUUCAACUCGAUGUUCUAAAUAUUUCACUAUUGCUGUGUUCAAUACAGCUUCAAGAAAACUCUGUCCAAAAGCUGCUCCCGCUGCCACGAACGAGCGAAUCUUACACGGGGAAAAAAGUGUAUUAGACGGGGAAACGUAAAAAUCAAAAACGGAAUUUACUCUAGACUUUGUGUCCUGGGGCAGGGACCGGAACGGUUGGGCAGGGCGGAUGUAGAAGCGUAUCUAGUUAAGAGACUCACUCACACGAACACACACACAUACACCAUCACACACCAUUACACAAACUCUUGUCAAGGACGGUUUAGUUGUCCCGCGCAUCACGAAUAUAUGCGAUCAAGAUCUUCAUCAUCAUCGUGACCAUUACGACGAUUGUCUAUUUUUCUCACGUUACUUACAUUUUCAUGAUCCACUCGGAAUGUUUAAUGGUUGAUGGACAACAGAUCAAAUCAAAGUAUAUUAUGCAAAAAGGUGCAAAGAUAUUACACAGAGGAUUACACAUACAGAAAACAGAAAAGUAUAUAGAUAUAUAUUAACGACGUUGAGCGAAAGGCAGAGUCUAGCAAGCAAGUGUCAUUGUUAUAAUAGAGAAGAAAGCGCACAAUAGAAAGGAAGUGCAGUGUUAGUUUGUGGAGGCCAAAAUGAAGGAAUGGAAGGAAUGGAAGGAAUGACAGGGGGAAAUAGGGCUGAGUUCUCAAACACUGAAUGGCUGAGCCGUACCAAAACCAAUUACUGAAACAACUGAAAUGUGUGUUCUACACCAAGCGCAAACUUGUACGAAUUCAUCAUACACAGAGCUAAAAACCGGCCGCACAAGGGCGAACACAAACACCCAAUCAUCAAAAACAAUACAUACAAAUCUACUGAUUGUGACAAAAGAUCAAAACGAUUCAAAUAAACAAAUUCGUAUGAAACAUUUCGUUUUACAGAAAAAAUGGUACAAAACUGAA